ACCAGACACAACCGGAAGUUAUUUUAUACGAUGUCGGAAAAUAGCAUUCAACAAACUUCUUUAUUGCAAGUAAAACAUUCCUCUGUAGUUUCGAGAAGGAAAUACAAACCACCUUUGCCGCCGCGACCAACCCUUAAAUCUAUGCAAUCCAAAUCGUUUCCGGAAAAUCAAUUGCUUCCUUCCUUAGUUGUGGCUAAAUGCACAGCGUCUGAUAGAGUCUCUGGCUUGCAACCAACAUUGUUGUCCGCAGCGACUCAGCAAAGUUUACAACCUUCAAUAAAACCUGUAUCAUUUUCAAACAUUAAAUUGAAGAAAUCGCCUCAAUCAUCAACAGACGAAAAAACAUCGCCAGCGUCAAAAAUUAAACCGCCAAUACCUCCAAAACCGCCACAAAUCCAAACAUUAUUUGAAGCUUCUUCAUUAUCACUAAAGAAAAAAAAAAUUUCAUAUAUACCUCCAAGAUUGUCUCCUGCCACACUGCCAAAUGAACUACCUUCUUCGCCUCAGAUGCAAGCUUAUCAGAUCGAUAGGACGCAUGCCUGUGGAAAUCUACAUCAAACUGAAGACAUUAUAAAAGCAGAAGGUACAAUCCCUGUUUCUAAUGCUCAAUCUAAUAUUAACAACUCUACCUGUCUGACUUCAACAAUUACAACAACAAGCAUCAACUUUUCAAUUGCUGAGAACGUGAAAAGCCUAUGUUCUUCUUCAAUUCAUGGCUCAAUCUGUAAUUUGCAAACAAUGCAAAAAGAAAAUGCGAAAAUAACAUGUACUAUAGAUCCCGUUGGAGUAGUGCAUAUAGGAAUUGGAGGGACUUUGAAAAUAACAGGAAGUGUAAACAUCGUAUCUGCAGCAAUAAAGUGGUUGAAAAGAAAAGAAUCAACAGAAAAUACACUUAAAACGACUGAUUUGAAGUACUUUAAAAGCUCAACUGACAGUCAACUCCCAACUCUGGUUAUAAAUGACAUAACUUUAAAUGAUGAGGGUGAAUAUAAGUUGUCAUGUGAAAGUAAAGGAAUAAUAACAAUGAGUCCAACCCUUAAACUGCGUGUCCUAGGAGAAGAAAAUCCUACAAACUGCAGUAUUGAAGAAAACAAUUUUAUACGUUUCCUUAUGCUUGUACAUCUCGGAACAGUUGCAAUGCGAGUGUUUUUUGAUUCAGUUAUUUCACCAAGUCUUCUUCAAACACACUUGAAAACACAUGAAAAUGCCCUAAAAAGCAAUAAAAGAAUCAAUUGCAGUAUAAGUCAAUUGGAUAUUCUUUAUCCUGCCCCACCAAAGACGUCUUCAUCUGCGGAUUUUGAUGCAUCCCUAAUAUACAAACUUCUACGGAACACUUGUAACAAGAAACAUUUUUUGCCACCAACAAACGGUUGGGGCGCAGAGCCAUCAUCCAAUGACAUAAGAAAAACAGACGAUAUCGAAAGAAUACGAUUACACAGAAAUAUGUUAUGUCAUGAUUCAAAACCAGAACUUGACUCCACUACUUUCUACAACAAAUGGACAGAUUUAUCAAAUGCAUUGAUCCGAUUGAGCAACGGAUGUUUGAAGACAGAUGUAGAGGAACUUAGGUCCAAAAGAUUCGAGACAUAUGACAAACAUCAAAUUCUUACAGAAUUAGAUUUUUUAAAGAAACAGUUAGCAGAAUUAGAAGACGCUGCAACCAGAGCACAUAUCCCAAAGCAUAUUAAAGAACAACACAUACGCCAGAUAGACAACUGGAAAGAAGAUGACCUUGUGUUCAAAGAAACGAGAGGGUUUAGAAAGGUAUUUGAGGUUUGUAGAUCAACGUCUGUCAUCACUAUAGUGGGAUGUCCAGCAUCAGGCAAAACAUCAAUAGCAAGACGAAUUGCAAUGAUACUAGAAUGCGAAGGCUGGGAAAUUGUUCCACUCCUUGAUAUGAAAGAUAUGAUCGAAUUUAGUACUGUUGAUUCCAUGCAGGUGUUUGUUUGUGAUGACCCUUUUGGUAUUUUUAGCUUUGAUAAGUCGAAAUUAAACACAAUUACGAAGAUCAAAGAGGUAUAUAAAGUUUUCAAAAAUAAAAAAAUUAUAUGCACCAUUAGGAAAUCUAUAUACAAAGAAUGUAGUUCAUUGCAAUCAAUUUUGUUUGAGAAUGUUAUUGAUAUUGACAGUGAGGAUUUAAAACUUAAUUGUGUUGAAAUGACUGAAAUUAUUGCAAGCCAUUGCACGAAAAUGGGUGUUAAAUCCUGUCAAUAUCAGCAUUUGCGUUUCGAAAGAGAUAUCGCAAUGUUUCCUCUGCUUUGUAAGCUUUUUGCUAUGGAGAGGCAAUAUCAAAAGUUUGGUGUAAAAUUCUUUGAAUGUCCAUAUAUACAUCUCCGGGAACAAUUUGAGCAUAUGAGGGUUUAUAACAACCUACAGUUUGCUGGUCUUGUGCUCUGCGUAAUUUACAACAAUAUGUUAACAGAAGAAGUACUAAAUAAAAGAGAAAAUAUCGAGGAGUUUCUAGAUUUAUGUGGAGUAAACAGAAAUACAUCUAAAAAAGUUUUGAAAACUACCUUACAAGCCAUGGUGGACACAUAUGUCUGUCAAACAGGAACAACUUUUUCUCUUAUUCAUGAUUCCGUUUUUGAGGUCGUAGCAAACAUGUUUGGCCAAAAGUUCCCUGAUGAAAUAUUGAAGCAUUUAAGUAGCAGUUUUAUUAAAUCACAUACGAUCAUUGCUGACGCAAUUGAGGGACAUGAUUUUUCAAAUGAUCCAUUCAUUAUCAUAGAAAGGAAGUUUUACACGAAUCUAGCAAAGAGAUUAAUUGAAGAUAUAGGAUCAUUUCAGUUAUUUGAUGUGUUUCAGAAUAAUUGCUUGAAAAGGUCAGCUUUUUCUGAUGUUUUCCUCAAAUGCUUAGAUGAACUACCAGACACUGAAAUGGAGCAUUUAUUUCUACAUGAAAAUUGCAAUAUACCUAAUAUAUUGGGUGCUGGUUUUUCUAAUUUGUGUUCAAACAAAUGGACAUCUCUUGAAUAUGAUCUAUAUCUUCUCCUUAUUGAUAUGCGUUGUGACAAUGCGAAAUCAGGAGAGACAUAUAAUGUUAAGGCCAUUAAUUGGGUGAUUACAUACGGACAUACAAAACUUUUAAACUAUAUCGCUAGUCGCCUUAUGCAUUACCUUGACAAUAAAAUCUUCACAGAAGAUAUCCACGAGCAAUGCAGACACCUGGUACUAGGAGUGUACAGUAAUAACCCUGAAAUGAUUCGAGCUGUAUUAAAGAUAAUCAAACCGGAGGCUAUUAACGCUUGUCCAGCGGGUAAUGCAAAUAGAUGGAACGAACACAGGUGUUUCACACCUUUGACAGCAGCCUCCUGUGCAGGGUAUAUAGCAGUCAUAAAAGUUCUUAUUGAACAUGGAGCAGACGUCAAUAUUGCGGAUGAAAAUGGACGCACGCCUUUAUCAAUAGCAAUUGAAAAAUCUUCGUUAGAGGUUGUUAAAUGUUUGGUUGAAAAUAGCGCAAAUGUAAAUGAACAAAUUAAUAGCUUUAAAGGAAAUGCGUUACUAUGUGCGGUUGGGAUGGAAGAUUUCGAAAUGGCAAAAUAUUUGCUGAGUGUAAAGGCUGAUCCGAACAUAUUAAACGAAGACGGGAAUUCUCCUCUGCACCGUGCAACAGAAAGAGGACUGAAAGACAUCGUUCAGCUUCUUUUGGAUUACAAUGCUGACAUCAAUCUUGCAACAUCAGAGUCGAUGUCUGCUUUGCAUUUAGCUACACGUUUAGGCAAUGCAGAGAUCGUUCAGCUCCUUUUGGAUUGCAAUGCUGACAUCAAUCUUGCAACAUCAGAGUCGAUGUCUGCUUUGCAUUUAGCUACUCGUUUAGGCAAUGCAGAGAUAACAAAUAUUUUACUAAGAAAGGGAGCCAAUACUAACUUGAAAAACGGAGACAACGAAACUCCUUUGCAUUUUGCUGCUUGUCAAGGAAACAUGGCUAUUGUAAAAUUUUUGAUAAAUGCUGAAUGUGAAAUCGAUGCCACAAAUAUCUUGGAGGAAACACCUCUUCUUGUAGCUUUAAAAUGCGGACAUUACCAGAUUGGCAAGCUUUUAACUGAAAUUGGAGCAAAUUUAAAUAUAUGUGAUUAUAAGAGCGAUACUCCCCUAUCCAUUGCUUUUUAUGGGAAAAAUGGCAAAUUUGCAAAUAUUAAAGCUAAGUAUUCUAAGAUAAACAAGCAACAGAAAAAUAAAACGGCAUUUCAGAAUAAAGAUGUCAACAUUGUAUUCGAUUUGAUCGAGUAUGGGGCCGAUGUGAAUUUCCGUGAUUGCUGUAACGGAACAGUUUUACUGCAUGCGUCAAUACAAAACAACAAUAGACUUGCCAUGCUGCUUUUACAGAAAAAUGCGGACGUGAAUUAUUGUGAUGUUGAGGGUAACUCGCCACUGUUAUUUGCUGUAAUAAAUGAAAAUGCUGACUUAGUUAAACUACUUCUACAAUUUGGAGCCGAUACAAAUUUGUACAAUAAAAAAUUUCAAUCUCCUUUAUCUAUCUCUAUAAUUAAAAAAUUCGAUGAUAUGUUAGAAGAACUUAUUUAUAGUGGUGGUGAUGUCAAUUUUUGUGACAAUGAUGGAAACAGCCUUUUACAUCAAGCUACUCUAAUGGGCGCUUUGUCUGUUGUUCACAUCCUCAUUAGCAACAAGGCAAAUACCAAUAUUAAAAACAGGCAAGGAAUGACCGCUUUACACUUGGCUUCCAUAAAGAAUUAUGUGUCCAUUGCUAAAAUUCUUAUAAAAAAUGAUUGCAACGUAGACGAGUACAAUGAACAGCACAGUACUGCUUUAUUUUUGGCAAGUGCUAGAAAUAACGUAGAAAUUGUUGAAAUGCUCAUUGAAGCAGGGGCAAGAAUUGAUUUGUUUGAUGUAGAUAAAAGAACACCUCUUUUCGUUGCAACUUAUAAAAGCUCCAUGUGUUCAGCAAGAUUACUUCUAAAUGCUGGAGCUGAUCCAAAUCGCAUUGGCUGCGAAGGAAUGUCGCCAUUAUUGUCAGCUGUGUCUAGCGGGAAAGAAGAUUUUGUAAGGUGUUUGCUUUUACACUGCAAAUAUAAGCAUUAUUCCUAUGACCGCAGAGUUUUGAUAAAGGCAGUGGAACUAGGGAAUACUGGUAUGGUGAAACUUCUUAUUGAACACAAAUUUUCCGUGGAUUCUAUCGAUUCCAACCAAACUACGCCGUUAUUGUUGGCAGUGGAAAGAGUCUACCCGCAUAUUAUUAGGAUUUUGCUAGACAACAACGCUGAUGUUAAUAUAUGUGGAAAAUUUGGAAUAAGCCCACUUGUGAAAUCGAUUGAAAUGUACAAUAGAUUACAAUCAUUUGAUAUAGAUAGAAAAGAACGCUAUUCAAUAGUGCAAAUGAUUUUAAAUGCAAAACCUGAUGUAAACUAUAGCAUCAACGGUAAUUCUCCCCUAAAGGUGGCUUUGAAUGAUGGAAAAGGAUCCAGGGAAGUUGUUGAAUUACUUUUGCUACAGAAUGCUAAUAUUAAUCAUAGAGACAACGUUUCAUUACUGAUCUUGGCUGCUGAACAGGGAAAUUCAGAUAUAGUUCAAUUGCUACUAGACUAUAAUUUUGAAACAGAAAAUGUAAAUUAUUAUGGAGAAACUGCAUUACUUGUGUCUUUAAAACAUAGGUUUUUGCAUAUAGCUAUGAAACUUCUUCACCAAGGAGCAAAUGUAAAUACUGAAGAUGAUAAACAUCGAUCUGCCAUUUACUUUGCUGUAAAGGCAAAUGCAAAAGAAGCAGUAAGCUAUAUUCUGAAAAAAGGAUGCAAUUUCAAUCUUUGUAACAAAAGAUAUCUUCCCUUCCACAAUGCUGUCUAUUUAGGUUACACAGAAAUAGUUUUCACUUUAAUGCGGCAUCAAGCUGAUAUUAAUUUAAGGGACUCCGAUCACCGCACGGCGUUGUUCUGGGCUGUUUUCUUUGAAGAUGUAGAAAUGGUAAGCAUAUUGGUAAAUUUUGGAGCCAUUACAAAUGUAUACGAUUCAAGGGGAAAAUCACCUUUAAUAUUAGCAGUGGAGAAUUCCAAUACAAAGAUUUUGAAAAUAUUACUCGAAGCCGGGGGAAAUCCCAAUGAAAGGCAUAUAGAAAAUAGAAAUAUGCCAAUGCUUUCGGAAGCAGUAAAAAACAAACAAAAUGAGAUUGUGAAGAUGUUACUUGAAUAUGGUGCAGAUCCAAACCAAUAUGAUGACAUGAAAAGGUCACCAUUACUCUGGGCAAUUCAGGAGGAAUUAUUUGAAAUUUGUGAAACUCUUACUCGAUACAAUGCAGAUAUAAAAGCUGAACAACUUUCCUUCGCGUUAGAAUGCAACAAUUUGGAUAUUGUACGAUUAUUGUUAAAAAAUGGUGUAAAUAUUAACAAAAUAACAUUCCCUCUUGCCAAGGUUUCUAUCAACACAGCUUCUGAAAAUGUUAAUACAUCACUGCAAUUCCUUCAUAAAAACCAAAACAAAAUUGCUGUGGUAGACAAGGAAGUAAUGCAGAUUUUAAAUAAUUGGCUCAAUGUAUCAUUUUCUGCAGGGCAGGGAAGCAGAUUCCUCUAUAAAUGUUUUACAAACAACCAGCUUGUCAUUAUUCUUACAGAUCUUUAUAUUGCAAUAAAUGAUCCAGAGGGCACAGUUGAUAUUCCAGUCAUUAAUGCUGUUGAAAUUGGAGAUGAAAUUAUUGUAGAAGAUUUAUUGAAAAAAUGUGGAGCAAAUAUGGAAAUAUAUAACACCGAAGAGAGGACCCCUUUUAUUUCUGCAUCACACAACAAAAAUGACAAUCUCGUUCGUCUUUUGAUCAUGCAUCAAUCAUUAGUCAACAGUUGCAAUAAAUCUUGCCGAUCACCAUUGGUUGUUGCUUGUGAAAUGAGAAAGACAAAGACUGCUGCUUUAUUAUUAAAUCAAGGUGGUGAGAUAGAUGUCCUUAAUGAAGAAAGAAAAAGUAAACAUUUGCUGGCAGUUGAUACCAAUCUCGUAACUACAGUUGAUAUGCCGUUGCACCCAACACUGUAUAUGAAUCAGGAUGAAAAAGGAAAAGAUCCUCUACUUGAGGCAUACUUCGAUAAGAAUUGUGAUUUGAUGAUCAAGUUGCUUGGGAGAAAUGCGGAAUAUAAUUCAGUCAACGAAUUCAACAACAUCCCUUUCAUUGUAUUUGCAGUUAUUCAGAAAAAUCUUCAACUACUUCACCUACUCAUUGAGAGAAAUUAUGACAUUAACCUUUCAGACAACAUCGGAAGAGUGCCAUUAAUAGAGGCAUGUAGAUAUUCCUAUAUUGACAUUGUGCAAGCUUUAGCUGAGGGCGGGGCUGACUUAAAUAUUUACAAUGAAAAUAAAAAGUUUCCUUUGUUGAUAGCAACAGAAGCAAACUGUAUUUCAGCCAUAAAGAUUCUGGUUCAUCACGGUGCUAAUAUUAAUCAACAUGAUGGCGAUGGGAGUAUUCCACUUAACAUAGCAAUUCGAAAAGGAUAUAAUGAUAUUGUAAAGUUUUUGCUAGAAAUGGAAUCCAAAGUAGAUAUCUAUGAUUUUUACGGUUACACCCCAUUGAUCUAUGCUCUCAUAUUUUCAGAAAAGGAUAAAUGUAAAUCAGACAUUUUAUUAUCUUUGAUAGCUAACGGAUCAGAUGUCAAUUUGUCUGACAUUGAUAAUAUCCGUCCUUUAAAUUUCGCUAUAGCAAGAAACCAGCAGGAAAACGUUGAUAUUUUACUUAGGAAUGGGGCGAUUGUGAACGGAUGUGAUGAUGCUUUUGAUGAUGAUGGUUUUGAAAUUCCUCUUUUCUUGGCAAUGCGUUUAAAGUUUGACAAAAUUGUAGAAAUUCUUCUUUCGCACAACGCUCAUGUGAAUAUUUUUGAUAAUGCCGGGCGCACUCCGUUGCACAGAGCAGUUGAUGAUGAAAAUAUACCCCUAGUAAAUCUUUUAAUAUCUUAUGGCAGUGAUGUUAAUUUGUCUGACCUUCAAGACAAAACAGAAAUGUCACUACUGCAUAUUGCUAUAAGGAAAGAAAACACGAAUUUGGUACACAUUUUAUCAAAAGACAAGUCAUUAGUCAACGAUUGUGACGCUUGUGGCCGUUGUCCUCUGAGUUAUGCGGCAGACAAUACGGACAUUAUGAGAAUUUUAAUGAAAUCUGAUGAUGUUCUUCAUUUCUCAAGUGCAUAUUCAUAUCAUUUGUUGCUUUGUGAUGCUCUGCACCGUGCUUGUAAUUAUCAAAACGUAGGAACUGUAAGGCUCUUAUUAGACUAUGGAUUCAAAGCCACUAAUAUGAUAAAUAAAAAGUCAUGUUUGUUGAUGCCAGAAACAGUUUCUAAUUCCAAACUUCUUACUAAAAUUUGGGCAAGGAUGAAUUUUUGUGCCACACCGACUUCACUCAUUCAAGCACCUAUAGCAGGGGAAACAGAGAUUGUUAAAGGGUUGUGCAGAAAAGAGAUCUUAGUAAAUUUUCAUGAUCUGAAAAUCACAGCACUCCACCAUGCAGUGAUUAAUGGAAAUUUACAUAUAGUUAGAGAACUUUGUAGUUCGGCUGCCGAUACAAAUGUUAUAGACGAUAAAAAAAUGUCACCUUUACUACUUGCCAUAGAGGGCUGUCAUCUAGAUAUUGUCAGAGAACUGUGCAGAAAUGGAGCAAAUAUCAAUUUACCGGGCGUAAAUAACUCUCCUCUGUUUGUAGCAGCCAACCUUGGUUAUAUGGACAUAAUUGAAUUUUUGAUGAAGAAUGGUGCAAAUUUAGUAUCUGACAGACUUGCCUUAAAACAAUUAUUAAAUCUAAUGUACAAAAACAAUGACAUUGAAUUCUUUUAUUCUCUUCUUGCGAAAGGAGCAGACCCAAAUGAACGGGAAUGUGACCACCAAGGAAACACCCUGUUGAGUUGUGCUGUCCGGGAUGGUAAGACAUAUUUCGUACGCGGACUACUGGAGCAUGGAGCUACUGUAAAUAUUACUGAUAAUGAUAACAAAUCUCCCCUUUUAAUCAGUGUGGAAAACAAUCGUUCCGACAUAACACGUAUUCUUCUUCAAUAUAAUCCUGACGUUAACUUUUGUGACAACAAUAAGCUAAGUCCAUUGCAUGUUGCCAUCGAAAACCUCCGAAUAGAUAUUGUGAGGAUUUUGCUUCAGAAAGGUGCAAAAGUAAACGCAAUGGAUAGUAACAGUACGUCUCCUCUCAUACGUGCAAUAUUUGUUGGUAGUAAAGACAUGUUUAUGGAUUUAUUGCUCAGCAAUGCUGAUGUCAACCAGAGUAACAUCAAAGGCCAAACACCAUUACAUAUUUCACUUUUGAGCAAUAGACUUGACUUUGCUACUUUACUAAUACACAAAAACUGUGAAAUAAACGUUUGUGAUUCAUCCCAGAUCACACCCCUUCAUAUCGCUUCAGAAAAAGGUCAACUUCAAAUUGCACAACUCUUAAUCGAGCACGGAGCAGAAUUAAAUGGUUCAGUAUAUAGUUCUUUUACCCCCCUCCAGGCAGCUAUUCUUAAUGGUUGCGCUGAAGUUGUAUUUUAUAUUCUUCAGAUAGCAACUGCAAAUUCUUCAUAUUUACUUUAUAUCAAACAUUCUAUUCAUUUGGCAGCACAGAGAGGUUAUGUUGAUAUUCUAGAAGCACUGCUAACUUUCGGUAUAAAUGAUAUCGAUUUUGAUUCCGAAUGCAACCCACUCCUCAAAAAUGCAAUACAGCAUGGAAGGACGGAGGUCGUCAGACAUAUUCUUCAUUGUGAUACAUUUCAAAACAUAAAUUUUCAAGACAUAGAAUUUCUCCUAGAAAUAGCUUUAGAACAUGAACAUUUUAAAAUAUUUGAUUUACUCAUAGAAACGUAUGGGAAAAACAAACUGAGACUAAGUAAUCUUUUAAGUACAGCUAUCAAGAAUUGUAAAGGUGAGGCAAGAAGACAUAAUAACAAUGUUACACCGUCCACUGAUGACAAAUUUGUUAAAUGCUUAAUUACAAAAUCAGUUGAUAUAAAUGACAAAGAUAGUAAUAAUACCGCCCCAUUGGUUACAGCUGUUAAAACAAUGAACGUGGGCGUAUGUAGGCUGCUUCUUGAAAACUGGGCUUGUCCAAACACAAGAGAUGAACACAAUAUACCUGUACUUCACAUCGCCUUGUCGAACAAGUCUGUGUCGAUCGCAAAGUUACUUAUAGAAUUUGGCGCAAAUGUUAAUGCCACAGAUCGGUAUGGCAGAAGUCCAAUUUUUCUAUCUUGUAUACACGAUUUGAAAGAGAUCAUAUCGGAUUUGAUUAAUCAUGGAGCCAAUCCAAAUUUAUGUGAUAUGGAUGGCAUCACCUCUUAUGAUUUCAAUAAAAAAUUUAAGUGAAACAGUCGCUGAUAUUUUCAUCAACAACUCUGCAGACAUUAACGCAGUUGAUAGGAAAGGUAAUACACCUUUUUCCUUGGCAAUUGAGAGGCAAAUGUACGAUCUAGUAGUGGAGAUGGUGGAGAGAAAAGUAAACAUAAACACAAUUGAUAUAAAAGGACGUACUCCCCUUUUAAAUCUUUGUCUUCGUGGUGGUCCAGAAGAAAUUUUCGAAGCAUUGCUAUUUCUUGGAGUCGAUGUAAAAAUUUCACAUUUCAAAAAAAAAUUUCCACUCCAUGUCUCCUUGAAAAAUCGCUUAUUUUUAACAUUUAACAUUGCAAAGAUGCUCAUUGGAAAUAAGGCAGAUGUUAAUGCAGCUGAUGAAAAUGACCACUGUCCACUUAUGCUGGGAAUAACAAAUUUUCAAAUAACUCAAGAUUUCAUUGAAAAUGGAGCAGAUAUUAAUAGACGUAAUAGUAAAGGAGAAUCUCCUUUGCUUCUUGCUACGGAAAAAGGCCUGUGUGAUGUCGUGUCAUACCUUCUGGACAAGGGAGCAACUACUGAAACCAUAGAUUAUUCUGGUACGCCCGUUUUUCAUUUGGCCAUUCAAGGAAAUUUAAGAAAUAUCGCGACAGCGUUCAUAGACCAUGGUGUAAAUGUGAAGUGUUGUGACCCAUAUGGUGUUUCUGCCUUAAAUAGAGCAGUAGAAAUAAACUUACUAGAUAUGGUAAAACUUUUAGUGAAAAAUGGGGCAAAAGUCAACGCUGGAAAAAAGGACCAAAUUUCAGUAAAAGAAUUGGCUUAUUAUAACGAUUUUGAUGAUAUAUUUGUCAUCCUCAGUAAGGAAGAUUGAUUCG